AAUUUGUCACGCACGUCACGUAUUUUAGAAGCAUUCAAUCUAUUCACACUUGAAAUGCAACUUGGGGGGUUGACAUUUGAUGUUAAUGUAAGGGGAUCGUGACAUCACUUGCUAUCUUAAGACAAACAAGGGACUUAACUGAAAGACGAUCAAAAACUGCUGAAUAAAGCGUACAAGAGUAGCAACAGCGCGGUUGAAAUUAUACACACGCCAAAAAAGGCGAUGGGUUCAAUAUUAAAAGCAAUGCAAUCGUCAAAAGUAAAGAGUGUGGAUACUAACAAUAUUUCGUUGACCAACAUCCAUGAUGGUGAGCAGAUGGCGAGUAUACGGGCGAUUGGUGAUCGUAAACAAAAGUUUGUUCGACUUAAGAAUUGGAUAACAGAAAAGCAAGUGACGGACACCUUGCAUCAACAAAAAAAUAGACAGUCGCAUUGCAAUAAAGACUACUGCAAAGGUUCGAUCAUGUUCCCGAGUAAGAACACUUCAGAUGGUGAACUACUACCGAAGGAUAUCGCGGUGAAAGAUGCUGUAGAUUUUUUACGACAAUAUUACAUCUCAAUAAAAAAAGCGGACAGUCUGGCGUACAAUUGCAGAGUGCAGCAGGUAAAAAAGGAAAUUGAAGAAAAAGGGACAUACGAAAUGGACGCAAAGGAGCUAGUGUUUGGUGCCAAACUUGCAUGGAGAAACGCUCCAAGAUGCGUGGGAAGAAUCCAAUGGAAUAAAUUACAGGUAUUUGAUUGUCGAGAUGUGUUUAAUGCACAACAAAUGUUUGAAGCUGUUUGUAAACACAUCAAAUAUGGUACCAACAAGGGAAACUUGAGAUCAGCAAUAACCGUGUUUCCGCAGCGUCGUGGUGCUGGAAAAGAUUUCCGCAUUUGGAACGCUCAACUCAUCCGUUACGCUGGAUAUAAACUAGAAGACGGUUCAAUCAUUGGAGAUCCAGUUAGUGUCGAGUUUACAGAGAUUUGCAUCAGCUUUGGUUGGCAGCCGAAAUAUGGUCGCUUUGAUAUAUUACCGCUAAUUUUGCAAGCAAAUGGAGAAGAACCAGAACUUUUUGAAAUCCCUAGGGAUAUAAUCUUGGAAGUGAAAAUGUCGCAUCCAGAAUACGAAUGGUUUGAAGAUUUGGGUCUAAAAUGGUAUGCGUUGCCUGCAGUAUCUAGUUUGAUGCUAAACUGUGGAGGAAUAGAAUACCCUGCAACGCCUUUCAAUGGAUGGUACAUGGGAACAGAAAUUGGAGCACGAAACUUUGGUGAUACGUACAGAUACAACAUGCUGCCGACGAUCGCCGAAAAAAUGGGUUUAAAUACAAGCAACAAUGGAUCUUUAUGGAAAGAUAAAGCUUUGGUUGAAUUAAAUAUCGCAGUUCUACACAGUUUUCAGCUGGCCAACAUCACGAUUGCAGACCAUCACACCACAACAGAAUCUUUCAUAAAACAUGUGGCGAAUGAGGAACGAGCUCGGGGAGGAUGUCCAGCAGACUGGGUCUGGAUUGUUCCACCAAUUUCGGGCAGUGCUACGCCAGUUUUUCAUUUGGAAAUGCUCAACUAUCAUUUGAAGCCGUCUUACGACUAUCAGGAGGAUCCAUGGAAGUUCUACAACUUCAGUGCCACAAAGGAACAAAAAAGGAAACUGACGUUCAAACAAGUAGCUAAAGCAGUUGAGUUCUCGGCAAAGUUGAUGGGACAUGCAAUGGCAAAGAGACAAAAGGUGACCAUUCUAUACGCAACAGAAACGGGAAAAUCAGAGCACUAUGCCAAUUUGCUGAAAGAACUGUUUUCCUUCGCCUUUAACCCAAGAGUAUUUUGUAUGGUGGAGUAUGAUUUCACUGACUUGGAGUACGAAGAGCUUCUGCUUAUUGUGACGAGUACGUUUGGUAACGGAGAUGCACCAGAAAAUGGCGAGAGUUUUGCACACGAGCUGUAUGAGCUACGACACCCUCCAACAAACAUAAAAAGCGAACAAAAACCGAAAUUCAGAAGACAAAUUAGCCAAUUAUUGAUGGACGUGAAUAAUGAUGGCACAAAAACUAGAAACGAGUCACAACCGCUGGCAAAUUUAAGGUAUUCAAUUUUCGGCCUUGGUUCCAAUGCCUAUCCAAAUUUUUGUGCUUUUGCAAAAUCUCUCGACAAGCUCAUUCUGGAGCUUGGAGGAGAGAGCAUUUUAUCCUUGGGAACCGGGGACGAGUUAUGUGGCCAGGAAGAGUCAUUCAAAAACUGGGCAAAGGAUGUCUUUAAGGCCGCAUGCGAAACAUUUUGUAUUGAGGAUACUAACAUGACAUCUUCCUCCACAUCCUUGGACACCAUUUCUGCUAAAUGGUCACCAGAUAAAUUUAAGUUUGUUCAUUCAAAGGAAAAACCAGCGGAACUCUGUGUCAGCCUGAGUGAUCUUUAUCGUGGAACAAUUCACCCAUGUAAAUUGAUUGAACAAAUUAAUCUGCAGUCCGGCGAUGCAAGCCGUGCCACACUUUUGGUGAAAAUCAAUACAAACGGAGAGAAAAAUAUGUCAUUCAAACCAGGCGAUCACGUUUCUAUAUUUCCUGCCAAUAACGUAAAACUUGUAAGCACGCUGCUCAAUAAACUACACAACGCACCGCAACCUGACAAAGCGCUCACCAUGCAGACAUGUAGAGAGGAAUCAGGACCGUUUGGUAAGACAACAAAAUGGUGUAUGAUGAGCUCACUUCCAAAUCCCUUUACCUUAAGAGAAGCCUUUUCGAGAUACAUCGACAUUACUUCUACACCAUCGCCACAAAUUUUAACCUAUCUCUCCACGCUGACCUCUAAUGAAGCCGAAAAAAAAGAACUGGAAAUUUUAGGAAAGGGAGAAUCCGAAUACGAAGAAUGGAAAUAUCAUAAAAACAAAAAUAUCGUUGAAGUCAUUCAAGAUUUUUCAUCCCUUAAAGUACCAGCAGCACUUUUGCUGACCCAACUACCUCGACUGCAACCCAGAUUCUACUCCAUUUCAUCGUCACCCCAAGUCUAUCCAGACGAGAUUCAUGCGACAGUAGCUGUUGUAAGAUUCAAGAAAGAAAACGGAAAAGGCUCGAUUCAUAAUGGAGUGUGUUCCACUUGGUUGGAGAGUUUAAAACCUGGUGACAUAAUACCCUGCUCAAUUAGACAUGCGCAUUCUUUUCAUAUGCCCGAAGAUACAUCAUUGCCGGUAAUUAUGGUGGGACCAGGUACUGGUAUUGCACCAUUCCGCAGUUUUUGGCAGCAACGAAUGUUUGACAGGAACAACAAAAUAAUAGACAAAGGAAAGCACCAACGAACUAGUCUUGGUCAAACGUGGGGACCAAUGAGCUUAUAUUUUGGAUGUCGAAUGGCACAACAUGAUAAUAUUUAUAAGAAUGAGACAAAUCAUGCAAUGAAAGAAGGAGGAUUAGAUAACGUUUAUACGGCAUUCUCAAGAGAGCCAAAUAUUCCUAAGACCUAUGUUCAGGAUCUAAUAAAACAAAAUGUCGUCGAAAUUUAUGAUAUGUUAGUAAACAAGAGGGGGCAUUUCUACGUUUGUGGGGAUGUUUCAAUGGCAAAUGAUGUUCACACAUCACUUGAGCAUGCACUUCAACAGGAAGGUACAAAACAAAACAAAAACACGAAAGACUUUGUUGGUAAUAUGAAGAACAAUGGAGUUUAUCACGAAGACAUAUUUGGAAUAACAUUACGAACAAAGGAAACGACAGAUAAAGCAAGACAAAAUCGUGGAAAAAUUUCCUCAAGUUAAAAACCAAACACAGUCCGACUUUGAACAAGUUGAUCGAUGAGCAAUGGUUGAAAACGUUAGCAGAACUGAGCCUUAAAAAAUGUGACAGUUUGGAGUCCAAUAUAGAAAGAUAUCGGAAACAAUUUCAUGUUUUUAGGAAAUUCUUGUAGUUAUAAUACUUAUAUCAUUAAAAAAGUGAAAUACACAAUGACAUAGCAUGCUGAA